CGCCCCCGGGCUGCAGAGUGCCAGCCAGCGGGGCGGGAGAGUGGGUGAGUGGUGCGGGCCGGCCCUGGGCGCGGGCCGGCGCACGAUGUACACCAUCACCAAGGGGCCCAGCAAGCUGGUCUCCCAGCGCCGCACAGGUGCCACGCAGCAGCAAGUGGAGACCAGGCUCGGCGAACUCCUGAAAUGCCGGCAGCCCGCGCCGCCUACUUCGCCACCCCCGCGGGCCCAGCCCUCGAUGCCGCGGCCGGGCCCUUGGCCCCUGGCGAGUCAAGGGCCAAGGCUUGUGUUCAAUCGAGUGAAUGGCCGGCGGCCCCUCGCCACAUCCCCAUCCCUCGAGGGGACCCAGGAGACCUACACACUGGCCCACGAAGAGAACGUCCGCUUUGUGUCCGAAGCCUGGCAGCAGGUGGAGCAACAGUUGGAUGGUGGCCCAGCCGGUGAGAGUGGGCCAAAGCCUGUGCAGUAUGUGGAGAGGACCCCUGAUCCCCGGCUGCAGAAUUUUGUGCCCAUCGACCUGGAUGAGUGGUGGGCACAGCAGUUCCUGGCUAGAAUUACCAACUGUUCAUAGUGGCUGCCUGAGAAUGAAUGCUGCCAUGGAGGACCGUUUGCCAGAAGAGGACUAUGGUUCCCUAUCCACGAUGCGGCCUGGCUGGGUGCCAGCCAUACCUGAAGUGCCAGCAUUUGGACUUUUGCACCUGUUGUUCCCUUUGGGUCAGCUGUUCCAAGCUGCCAGGGGCCAGGGGCCAAACCUGUCUAACCUCAAUCCUGUACCCAGGGACCAGUCCUGGGGUUGGCAGCCCCUGGGGCUGGCAGGGAAGAGCUCCAGGCUAAUAAAGUUGAGAAACUGCC